UCAUGUCAGUUUUUAUAAAAUCGUCGCGUACGAAAAAUUUUAAAAAGUAUUUUCAUGGAACAAAAUGUCGAAUCGACCCCAAAUGAGGAACAAGUUCCACAAACCGAUACGGUUGAAGAAAAUUUAAAUUCUGGUGAAGCUACCGAACCCGAGACAAAAAUUAAGGAUGAGGAUGACAUACAGAGGGAAGAACAAACAGAACCCGAGGAAAUACCAGGAACAGAACUCGAGGAGACAACAGGUCAAUCUGAAGAAGAGCAACAAGAAGAGAAGCCGCAAACCGAACAACCAGAAGAGCAAGAUGAAGAAACACAACAACCAGGGUUACAAGAAGGACAAGGGGAACACGCAAAACCAGAAGUUGACCAGAUCUCAGAAACUGAACAAAUCACUCGAGUAGAAGAGGCUCAAGUUACAAAGGAAGAUGAACCUGUUAAAAGUGAACCACAAAGCAAAGGAGCAGCAAUAGAAAAAUUGGUUGAAACACAGACUGACGAAGCAGCUCCUAUCAGAUUAGGAAUGGAAGAUCAAUUAGCGUUACUACAGACACUUUCUAGUGAAAAGCUCUUGAACAAACAUACAUCGUCAUUCAAGUGUUUUGAACAGUACUUGUGUUCUAGAAGCGAACUCAGGUUAAUAGAAAAUUUGUUCCCUCCGUUGAAGGAUCCCGGACUGGAUGAAAUAUUACACUAUAUUCCACCUGAAGAAGAGCUUGAUCCUGAUGGCUGUCAGAAGUACAUAAACAUGUGUAAAGACCUGAAGAUUGUUCCCAUGACAAGAAUAAUUAAGUCACUGGCGACAGAUACUUUAAAUUUGAAGUACUACGGAAUAACGCUAAGCCAGAUGAGAGGCAUUACCGACGCACUAAAAGUAAACAGUAACAUAAAAUAUUUGAUUCUACAAGAUAACUGGUUGUCCCAUGAACAGUGCGUUUUAUUAAGUGAAGUUCUACGUGAAAGUAACUCGAUUCGUGUUUUAAAUUUAAAAGAAUGCCGGAUAGGUCCUGAAGGCGCAGAAAAAUUGUGUGAAGGUAUAUCGUCCACACAGUUUCUGCAUGAAUUGGAUCUAAGCUACAACAGUUUGGGCGACAAGGGUCUAACGGUCCUACAGUCAUCUUUUAUCGAAAAUACUUCCGUCAAAAAAUUAAACUUAAGUCAUAACGAACUGACCGCAGACUCAGGAGUAACUAUGGAAAAAAUUUUAAUUGAAAAUAAAACUUUAGAAGAAUUGGACCUUGCUUGGAAUGGUUUUUUCACUGCCGCUGGUGUGUACUUUCUAACGGCUACUUUAAUGUUUGAGUUUACAUUCCCAGGAAAUAAAAAAUUAGGAAACGGCUUAGCCAAAAAUCAACUGAUAUCUUGGUUAAGUCUAGCUUGGAAUGGUAUUGGUAUAGCAGCCGCUUUGCGUCCCAUAACGAAAUAUAUUAGAAAAACUGAAGUUCUCCAAUUUCUGGAUUUAAGUUGGAACAGAAUAACUGCACAGGCUUUGAAGUUACUUCGAGCAGCACUUAUAAAAAAUAAAUCACUGAAUCACGUUAAAAUCGGAAAUAAUAUAUACACUCCCGACGAAGCCGACUUUUUGUUAGCCGUUUUCGCGAAGCAAACAAGUGACAAUCUUGAGAAUUUGGAUAUGGAGAAUAUGUGCGUCACUAAAGACUUUUUAAAAGAAAAAAUUAGGCACCAGAAAAGGCAAAAAACUAUCACCCAUGGCCAUGUUCUGAGCAAUUACGAAAUUCACGGACCAGACAUAAACAAACUGGUGUUCGCACGAUGUAAAUAUUUAGCGAUGAAACCAAAAAAGAAAAAGUUGAGGAAAGAUUUUGGCCACUUUAUAUUAUCAUUGCCUGAUAAACAUGUGACAACCCAAACGUUUGAAGAACUGUUGAAGAAAAAGAAAAUCAAGAAAAUUGAUAAAGAUCUUCUUAAAGAAUUAAUGGCAAGAUUUCCACACAAGAAAAAAAUUGACUGCGUGGCAAUGAAGGAAGCUUAUAUGAAACUUUACCCAGAUACAGUGUUACCUGAAGAAAAGAAGAAGAAAGGUAAAAAGGGUAAGAAAGGUAAAAAGAAAGAAAAGAAAGAAUAAACAAUUACA